AUGGGAAUGGAGAAUAGAUUUUGCCUUUUGAAACUUGGGACUUUAAUUUUACUUAAUGGAUUUUGCUUCUUGUACUAUCGCGGUGCACACAGAAUAAUUGUGGUUUAUGAUGUAACCGACCAAGAGAGCUUCAACAAUGUCAAGCAAUGGUUGAGUGAAAUAGACCGAUAUGCAAGUGAUAAUGUGAACAAACUUCUUGUUGGAAAUAAGUGUGAUCUCACAGCACAGAAGGUAGUUUCCACAGAGACAGCUCAGGCUUUUGCUGAUGAAAUUGGCAUACCUUUCAUGGAAACAAGUGCAAAAAGUGCCACUAAUGUAGAACAGGCUUUCAUGGCUAUGGCUGCUUCAAUCAAGAACAGAAUGGCAAGCCAACCGGCAAGAGCGGUUGCUGUUCAUCUUGAAAGGACGAAGCUCUGUUGCCUUGAUGAUGAUUCUGAUGUGGAGUUGUGGUGAAGCUGGCACGCAACA